UCUACGUUUUUUUGUUCUGAGUUUCUAAUUUUAAUAUUCGACUCGAUGCUUGCCUACAAAUUGAAAUAAUAUUUAUUAAAAUAGGCAUUUUUUGUUAUUCUACCUUGAAUUUGUUUCUACAUAUCGCAGUUAUGAACGUUCUUAAGGGUAUAUUGAGGAGUACACCCUUGAUUCGCAAUGCAAUUAUAAACAACGCGGCUGCCCUACGCCCAUUAGCAACAUCAACUAUAUCUCCAAUUGUUAAGCCAGUCGACAAUGUCCCAAGUAGUACAGUGGAGUAUGAUAAGUUGUUCAAAAGGGUUGAAUUGGAGAUGAAGGGGGUGGAUCCUGCGGUGCUGCUCAGUUACUCGUGGUUCUGCAUCGCAGCCGCCUCGCACUUGGGCAUUGAAGUUACCAAAAGUUGGGCACUCAGAAAAGCAGAAAAGGAACGGCAUACUUUGCUAAAAUGUGUUCACAUUUACAAGAAACACAAGGUGCAAUAUGAAAUACGAACAUACUUCAGAUUUGUUCACCUGCAGAGACUUACGGAGUCCACAUGUGACACAUACCUGGAAUAUAUUGAGCGGAACCUGCCCGAGGGUUGUGCACUCAAAGUAACAAAGGUUGAAGUCCAGAAAAUGCCUGAACACCUUACUCCACCAACCAACAAUGAAUAAGUUGUAGUCAGUAGGUUAUUUUAGAAUAAAGUGUUAGUUAAACCAAAAAA